AUGGAUUUCGAGGAGGAGCUCCUCGGGUUGACGGGCGGCGGAGCGGCGUCGUCGAAGCGCACCAAGGCGUCCAAGGGCAGCAAGAGUCGCCGCAAGCGUGCCAAGUCCGACUCGGAGGAUGGCUCGGCGUCCGACAUGGACCUCUCGGAGAGCGACUCGGACGCCGCCCCAGCAGCGUCGACGAGCCGCGGCGGGAGCCGCCGUCGCGGGCACAAGAGCGCCGAGCGGGUCGACACGGACGAGGACGAGAGCGACGAGGACGAGGGCCGCAAGGGAGGAGCCGCCAAGGCGACCGACGAGAACCCGUACCCGGUCGAGGGCAUCUACAAGGACACGGCCGAGCGCAGUCGCAUCUCCAAGCUCCCCGAGCUCGAGCGCGAGGACUUUAUCGCGACCCGCAAGGAGGAGAUCAACGAGCGCGUCAUGCGCGCCGAGGUGGCCAAGCUCGCGCGCGCGAGCGACGCUCGCCGCGGCGGGGCGCAGGACGACGACGAGGGCGACGACGAUGACGACGACGACGACGAUGACGAGUACGGCGGUGCGAGGGAGACGAGGUCGCGCAAGGUGACGGGCGCGACCAAGACCAAGAGCGAGGGCCUCGAGAAGCUCAAGAGGAGCAGGGCGGAGAAGGGCAAGAAGCGCGACAAGGCCGACUCGAGCGACGACGACUACGAGGAGCCCGGACGCAAGAAGAACCGCAAGGCGUCGCCCUCGUCGUCCGCCUCGUCCGACAUGGACGUCGCCACCUCGGACGAGGACGACGCGCCGUCGAGCAAGGCGGCCGCCGCCGCCGCCAAGAAGAAGGGCAAGAAGGCCGGGCCCGAGCCGCUCGGCCCGAGCGAGCUGCGCGACAUCACGGUCCCGCGCGCCAAGCUCGCAGAGAUGUGCCGCGCGUCGUGGUUCGGCGAGUGGCUCGUCGGCGCGUUCGUGCGCGUCACGGUCGGCCCGAACAAGGACGACCCGCAGGCCGGCAACAAGUACCGCGUCGCCCAGGUGACGGGCCUCAAGAAGGCCAAGGAGCCGUACCGUGUCGAGGCGGUCAUGACGGAGCACGACCUCGAGCUCACGAUCGGCACCGACAAGGCCAGGUUCCCCAUGGCGUCCGUCUCGAACGGUCCUCUCACCGACAGCGAGUACGCUCACUACGUCCGCAUGUGCCAGACGCCCAAGACGGCGCCGCCGACGUCCAAGGAGGCGGCCAAGAUCAAGGCGCAGCUCGCCAAGCACACGACCUACAUCCUGACCGAGGAGGACCUCCAGAAGCAGCUCGAGGCGAGCGGCUCCAACAAGCGCGGUCCGGGCGCCAAGACGCGCAUGAAGAUCCAGCGUGACCACGCCGUCGCCGCCGGCGACCAAGCCGAGGUCGACCGGCUCAACCGCGAGCUCGCGGCGCUCGACGCGCCGACGGGCGCCGAGCAGGACCGCGCGCGCAUGAUCAACGAGCGCAACCGGGCCAACAACCGCGAGGAGGUGCGCAAGGCCGAGGCCAAGGCGCAGGACUUCCGCAGGAAGCAGGCCGAGCUGCUCGCGAGGGGCGACACGGACGUGCGGGUCGACCCGAGCGCGCGCGUCAAGACGAUGCCGAGGCUCAACUACGACAGCAGUCGUCCGCAAACGCCCGGUCCCGGCAGCGGCGCCGCGACGCCGACCAAGGGCGGCCCGCUCGCGGCGGCCAACGCUGCCGCCGCCAACGCCGAGACGCCGCGCCAGAGGGGCAGCAAGAUCGAGCUCGCGAGCCAGGUCGCCAUCAACGUCGACGACCUGCUCGACUUUUGAUCUCUUCGCCGUCCUCGUCGCUCGCCCACGAUACCCUCUUGCAUGUUUCCGCUGUCGUCCCGCCGUCGUACCCGCACCUGUAGUUCUCCCCACCCGACUUGCCGCCGGCGCCUCUCCUCCUGAAAACGGGCCUGUCGCCCUUUCGCCUU